AUGACUAGAAAACGCAAGACCAAUUUAGCACGUAGUUCCAGCGGAGCUCGAGCUAAAAGAGUUGCAAGAAGUCAAGAGUCUGAAGAACAGACUCAAGCCCGUUUGACUUUAGACGCCGAGCGUCACGCUGCUCAAAGAGCUGCUGAGACUGAAGAGGUGAGGCAGGAGCGACGGCUCCUAGACGCUGAGCGUCACGCUACUCAGAGAGCUGCUGAAACCGAAGAGAUGGCUCGGGAGCACCGGCUCUUAGACACCGAACGUCACGCUGCUCGAAGAGCUGCUGAGACUGAGGAGGUGAGGCAGGAGCGACGGCUCUUAGACGUUGAGCGUCACGCUACUCAAAGAGCUGCUGAGACCGAAGAGAUGGCUCGGGAGCGUCGGCUCUUAGAUGCUGGGCGUCAUGCAACUCAAAGAGCUGCUGAGACCGAAGAGAUGGCUCAGGAGCGCCGGCUCUUAGAUGCUGGGCGUCAUGCAACUCAAAGAGCUGCUGAGACCGAAGAGAUGGCUCAGGAGCGCCGGUUGUUAGACACCGAACGUCACGCUGCUCGAAGAGCUGCUGAGACUGAGGAGGUGAGGCAGGAGAGACGGCUCUUAGACGCCAGGCGUCAUGCAACUCAAAGAGCUUCCGAAACUGUAGAUCAAACUCGAGUACGUCGGCUUUUGGAUGCUGAGCGUCAUACGUCUCUGAUUGCUGCAGAGUCACAUGAAGAAUCUCAAAGACGACGUGUUCUAUUAGCUGCACGGCAAGCACAAAGACGAAAUAUAUUUACACGUAAUACGUGGGAGGUAUUUCAUGAUGCUGCUUUUGAUUAUGACCCUUUAAUUGAUUACAUGAACCAUCGAUUAGUGCUCUUAGGACGGAUGGCUAAAAAGUGCACAUAUUGUAUGGCACUAAAAUGGAAAGAGGAAACUCCGGGUAUGUGCUGUUCUGGAGGUAAAGUUUCACUUCCAUCACUUGGUGUUCCAGAGGAACUCCUGAAAACAUUACUUUUAUGCGAUAGUAAUGAGUCACGACUCUUUUUGAACAGUAUAAGGAAAUAUAAUAGCUGUUUCCAAAUGACAUCAUUUGGAGUAGAUCAUGAGGUUGUUAUGCCUGGAUUUUCCAGUACAUUCAAAAUACAAGGUCAAGUUUACCAUAGGGUUGGGUCUUUACUGCCUACAAACGAUCAGCCUAAAUUUUUGCAAAUUUAUUUUAUGGGAGACGAAAAUAGUGAAGUUAACCGCAGAUGCCAAAAUAUUAAUGGAGUUGAAAGGGAUACUGUCUUAAAAAUCCAGAGAAUGUUGCACGAGCAUAACAACCUCAUUAAUACUUUCAAAACAGCAUUAGAAAGAAUGCCGGGAGAAGAAUACAAGUUGAUUAUGCACCCUGACCGUACACCAACUGGGGAACAUGAAAGACGGUACAAUGCACCGCUUAUUAAUGAAGUAGCAGCUGUAGUCACAGGCGAACAGUUUGCUUCCCGUGACAUUAUUUUGCAUGCCCGUAAUGACAUUUUAAGUAGGGUACCAGAUACACACAAAUUUUACGACGCAUUGCAAUAUCCGUUGAUAUUCAGCAAGGGGCAAGAAGGGUACCACUUUCAAAUACCCCAAGUCAGUCCUGUAACAGGUUUGCCUGUAAACAACAAAAAAGUCUCAUGCAUGGAUUUUUAUGCCUACCAUAUCAUGGUUCGAGAAAAUGAUUUUAAUAUAAUAUCACGAUGUAGACAACUGGCCAAUCAGUUUUAUGUUGAUAUGUAUGUAAAAGUUGAAAGCGAACGAUUACGAUAUAUAUCAUUAAACCAAAACAAAUUGAGAGCGGAGAACUAUGUCCAUCUUCAAGAUGCUGUGGCAAAUGAUGGCAAUGUUAACCCUAACGAUUUAGGUAAAUUGGUAAUUUUGCCAUCAUCUUUUGUAAAUAGCCCCAGAUAUUUACACGCUUAUACACAGGACGCAUUCGCUUACGUACGUACAUAUGGUCGCCCCGAUUUGUUCGUAACUUUUACAUGCAACCCAAGCUGGCCUGAAAUAGUUGAAGAGUUGCUGCCGGGACAGAGGGCAAUCGAUAGACAUGAUAUUGUUGCAAGGGUUUUUCGAUUAAAAGUUAAAAAGCUUAUGGAAGUUGUCAAUAAAGGAAAUGUAUUCGGUGAAGUACUAUGCUUCAUGUACUCGAUAGAGUGGCAAAAACGCGGGCUUCCUCACGUGCAUAUUUUAAUCUGGCUGAAGGACAAGCUGAGACCCGAUCGAAUAGAUAAUGUUAUUAGAGCGGAAAUACCGGAUCCAAGUAGUGACCAGGCACUUCAUGAAAUUAUUAUUAAAAAUAUGAUUCAUGGUCCUUGCGGUCCUGACAAUCCUCAAAGCCCCUGCAUGAAAAAUGGAAAAUGCUCUAAAAAAUAUCCUCGCACGCUUAUUAAAGAAACUGUCCAUAAUGACAAUGGAUAUCCGCUAUAUCGAAGAAGAGCACCAAGCGAUGGGGGACAAACCGCGUCUGUAAAAGUUCGAAAUGUUUAUGUUACUAUUGAUAAUAGUUGGGUAGUCCCUUUUUCGCCCGUAUUGUCAAAAAUGUUUAACGCCCAUAUAAACGUAGAGGCUUGCAGCUCAGUGCGCGCUAUCAAAUAUAUAUGUAAAUACAUAAACAAAGGUAGCGACCAAGCUAUUUUUAAUUUCAAAAACACCGAUACUGCUAAUCCCAUAAAUGAAGUCCAAACGUACCAGUCUGGUCGUUAUGUUAGCAGCAACGAAGCCGUGUGGCGGCUUUUAGCCUUCCCGUUACACGAAAGGCACCCGACAGUCACACACCUGACUGUACACUUGGAAAAUGGUGAACGUGUCUAUUUUACUGCAAACAAUUUCCAAGAGAGAAUAACCUCUGCUCCAAAAACAACACUCACCGCUUUUUUUGAGCUCUGCACAAGAGAUGAAUUUGCAAGGACGCUCCUUUAUGUUGAUGUACCAAGAUAUUACACUUGGAACGCUACAAGGAGGGAAUGGAAACGACGAAUCCAAGGAGUUCCGGUCCAGAAUUGGCCUGGUGUCAAAUCUGGAGAUGCCUUAGGCCGAGUUUAUACGGUUCACGUUACCAAUAUGGAGUGUUUUUGUCUGAGAAUACUGUUACACCAAGUGCGGGGGCCAACUUCUUUUGCAGAUCUCAAAAAGCUAAAUGAUCAAGAAUUCUCGACAUUUAGAGAGGCAUGUGAGGCAAGAGGACUAUUAGAGAACGAUAAUCAUUGGGAUCUAACUCUAGAAGAGGCCGCGCAGUGCAAAUCUGCGCCACAGGUGAGAGAGCUUUUUGCUAUAUUAAUAGCAACGUGUGGACUCUCAAACCCUGAAUAUCUGUGGGAAAAAUAUAAAAAUGAUAUGGCGGAUGACAUUUUGUGUAGAUUUCAAGAAGGGGACCCAAAUAUUUCGUACAAUGAGGUAAUUUACAAUGACGCUCUGACCAAGGUUGAGGACCAAGUGAUAACUAUCACUGGUAAAUAUUUGUCCGAUUUUGGUAUGAGCAGACCUCAAAGAAUUGGGGAAGUCAGUAAUGAUUUAAUGCGAGAGCUAAAUUAUGAUCCAGUUUUGUUACAGCAACAAAUUACAGCGGCCCUUCCACUUUUAAAUCCAGAACAAAGAUUAGUCUUUGACACAAUAAUCAACAAAGUUGCCAGUGGCGAAGGUGGUUUGUUCUUUUUGGAUGCUCCAGGAGGUACCGGCAAAACCUUUCUUCUAAACUUAUUAUUAGCUGAAAUCCGGAAAGAUAAAGGAGUUGCUGUGGCAGUAGCUUCAUCCGGAAUAGCUGCUACGCUGCUUAGUGGAGGACGAACGGCCCACUCAGUUCUGAAAUUGCCACUAAAUUUAGCUCAUGAGGAAAUGCCAGUUUGUAACAUAAGUAAAAGUAGUGAGCGUGGAAGAAUGUUACAACAAUGUAAACUGCUGGUUUGGGAUGAAUGUACGAUGGCCCAUAAAAGAGCAAUCGAAGCACUUCAUCGCACGAUGAAAGACAUUAAAAACAGUCAAGGUAUUAUGGGAGGAAUGGUAGUUCUAUUGGCUGGUGACUUCCGGCAGACCCUGCCGGUUAUAGCAAGGGGCACACCGGCAGAUGAAAUCAAUGCCUGUUUAAAAGCAUCUGUGCUGUGGACACAUGUGAAAAAGGUUUCACUGUCGACGAAUAUGCGAGUAUUACUCCAUAAUGACUGUCAAGCCGGGCAGUAUGCUGCUGCUCUUCUGAAGAUCGGCGAGGAUCGUAUGCCUACCGACUCCGAGAGUAUGAUCACGCUGAGCAGCGAAUUAUGCCAAAUUGUGGAUAGCACAUACAAUUUAAAAAAUAGUGUCUAUCCGGAUCUAUGCGCCAAUAUCGAAAAUCGGGAAUGGUUAUGCGAAAGGGCAAUAUUGGCGCCAACAAAUGAAAUAGUAGGCCGGAUAAAUGACCAAAUUAUGUCUGACAUAGAGGGAGAAGUCAUCGAGUAUCUAUCAGUAGAUAACGUCGUGGAUACCGAGCAAGUGACAUGUUACCCAACAGAGUUUCUCAACUCCUUAGAGUUAUCAGGAGUGCCUUCUCACAAGUUGAGGCUGAAAGUUGGUGUUCCUGUGAUGCUUAUGAGAAACCUUGAUCCACCAAGGCUAUGUGCACUGGAGCUUAUCGCAGGGAACCAUUGCGGCUCGUCCGCGGCGACAGGCGUCAGCAACGCUUGUCAAAUGUCAACAUCCGAAGGCACAAUAUUGAAGAAAAUUUAA